AUGACGAGCAACGGAUAUAAACGAUUGGGAGAAACGGGGAGACGAGUGGAGGAUCCGUUCGGAAAUCCGUUUGAUUCCGACGAGGAGCAGUCGAGUUCCUCGCAAACGGAUCCCUCACCUUUUGCCAACCCAGCAUUUCAGGGCAAAUCUUUCAGCGACUUUGACAGUGUGGCUGAAAUAUCAGACUCGCGGUCCGAGGCGAUUGAUUUGAGGCAUCUAGACACAAGAGGCAAGCUGUUACCCGAUGAAGAAAUUGAUCCUGAUGAAGACAGUUUCGCAGGGUUUAGAGCACCACAGGAUGACGGAUUACAGGUCCCCACCUUGGAUUUCGAUGGAGUGCCGAUGGGCAAAAUAAGAGGCCAGCGGCUUUUAUAUAUGACGUCUAUAUUCGUCAGUUUGGGAGUGUUCAUGUUCGGGUACGAUCAGGGAGUCAUGAGUGGAAUCAUCACGGAACGCAACUUUGUACAGUUCUUUGACGACCCCACACGUAUUCAGAUUGGCACCAUGGUGGCCAUUUUGGAGCUAGGUGCUCUUUUGGCGUCACUGGCUGUUGGAACGGUGAGUGAGAAAAUUGGUAGAAAAAGAACUAUCAUCCUGGGUGCCUUUGUGUUUGUGAGCGGUGGGUUGUGCCAAUCACUAGCACCUAAUCUCGCGAUAUUGAGUGUAGGAAGAGUUGUUUCCGGCAUUGGUGUCGGUUUGUUGAGUACCAUUGUGCCCGUUUAUCAGUCAGAAAUCUCACCUUCUCACGCCAGAGGAAGACUGGCGUGUAUUGAGUUUACAGGCAACAUCUUCGGGUACUCAGCCUCGGUAUGGGUCGACUAUGCAUGCUCCUUUUUCCCCGGUGCAAUCUCCUGGAGAGGUCCUCUACUGGCACAGUGUGUUCUUGGUACAUUCUUGUUGGUUGGUGGUUUUUUCAUAGUCGAAUCGCCUCGCUGGUUGUUGGCAAAAGAUAUGGACACCGAAGGUUAUCGGGUGCUGAAUUUACUAUUCGCAGACUCACCCGCCGGGACUGCACGCAAGGAAUUUGAGGCCAUAAAGGAAAAUGUAUAUCAGGAACGCGUUUUAACACCUCCUGAGAAAAGAACGUAUCGCGAAAUGUUUAGAACGCACAAAUACCGCGUAUUCAUCGCGUGUUCGGCCCUGAUGUGGGCGCAGUUAGUGGGCAUCAAUCUCAUUUCAUACUAUGCUCCAAUGGUCUUUGAGGAGGCUGGGUUUGAGGGCAGGGCUGCCUUGUUGAUGACUGGAAUCAACUCUCUGAUCUAUCUUGCAUCUACCGUCCCCACCUGGUUUCUCGUUGACCAAUGGGGCAGAAGGCCCAUCUUCAUCAGUGGAGGUAUCAUGAUGGGCUUUGCAUUGAGCUUCAUCGCUUAUAUCAUGUGGCUUCAAAAAUCCUACACUCCAGCCUGUGUGGCUGUUCUGGUGGUGAUCUACAACGCUGCUUUUGGCUACUCGUUCGGCCCGCUGGCCUGGUUGUACGCUCCAGAGAUUUUUGCAGACUCCACUAUGAGAUCCAAGGGAGUUUCGCUUUCUACUGCCACAAACUGGUUUUUCAACUUUCUUGUGGGAGAAGGCUCUCCAGCUCUAUUAGAGCUCAUCACCUGGAGACUUUACCUUAUCCAUGCCGUAUUCUGCUUUGGGGCAGUCUUUUUUGUCUACAAAUUGUAUCCAGAGACCAAUGGUGUUGAGCUAGAGGACAUGGAUAAACUGUUUGCAGGUGAGUUGUAG